ACGUACAUGAGGACGAUUUGAAUUUCUGGGUCAUCACCAGCGAUGAUGCUGUUGAUGUUGUAAUCUACGGCCUUCACUUGGACCACUCUGCCCUGAAUCAUCACAGCAGCAACAUCCACAUAAAGUGUGUUUAUGGUGUAGUUCACGGUGACACAGAUGAACGGUACGAAAAAAAUAUCCAGCUAGUACCUCAUAGCUCUGAGUGGCAAUCAUUAUAAUCAACAACAAACGCAGCGAUGCUUGUUUCAUAUCAGAAAUGAGGAGCAUAGGGAACACGUCAGACUAACAACAAACCCAAGAAGUGCUUCAAAAGACAAAAAUCCAGGGAGAUGUCCCGCCUCUCUCCGGUCAUCAGCUGUGUGUACAGGUGGUCCAGUCGGGUCAUAUGGAGGAGUCCCCCCACUCACCCUUCAUUUCCGGGGCUCCCGCGUGUCCUGGCCGCCGGUAAAAAGGACCUGAUAGACCUUCCUGUCCUGAAUGAGGACGAGCUCGAGGAGCAGUUUGUGAGAGGAUCUGGACCUGGAGGACAGGCAACCAACAAAACCAGCAACUGUGUUGUUCUCAAGCACAUCCCGACUGGGAUUGUUGUGAAGUGUCAUCAAACCAGGUCUGUGGACACGAACAGAAAGCGUGCACGGGACAUUAUGAGAGAGAAACUCGAUAUUCGGCAUAAAGGAGAACUCAGUGAAGUUCUUGUGAAGAAGAAAGAGUCUGAAAUGAGGAAACAAGAGAAGAGGAGGAAGGUAAAUGAGAAUCUGGAGAGGAAAAGACAAUUUAAAGAAGCACUAGCCACAACCUCUGAACCUGGAAAAGACCCUGUUUGAUUUGGUUGUUUCAAUAUAAACUGAAGAUGUAAAUACUGGA